UGGAAUCACGGGCUGCAGCACGCGCUGGACCGCGGCCACGGUAAAAACACACUCACACGGAUGUCCGGAGGAGUCUCAGUGCACCGAGAAAUCCCCCGUGGCAUCCGGCCACACUGCCCUCCCCCGCUCCUCCCGCACCCCUCGGGCCUCGCGUCCACGAGGGUUCCGCGAUCACGGGGACCGCCUCCCACGUGCCUCGUGGCGUCUCUCGAUCCCACCGCGUCCAGCAGCCGUCAUGAUGGCUCACCUUCCCCAGGUAUUCGAAACUUUAAAUUCGACUCCUGAGACGGUGCCAAGGCCGUCCGACCUCGCUACAGCGACCGGCCGGCCGUUCGCGGGACGGUUGCGUGCGUGGCCUGAGCAUCACCCGGCCGCGGCGAUCGCGGCGCCCGAGGACGCUCGACUUCUCCUACCCCUACCCCGGGUUCUGGCCGCCCCACUCGGCGCGAACACGGCCCGCCCCCGGGGCCCGCACGAUGUCCUCCGGCGCCGAGCCCCACACGAAACCACGCCGCGGGCCGCUCCGGAACCGUACACGGCGCUCCUGACGACGUGCGCUCUCGUCCUACGACCGUGCCCGCUGCACGUCCCCUGGGUCGGCGAGGUGCGCCUUCUGCGCCCAAGCGACUGCGGCGACCGCCUGAGGUCCGCCCGCCGGAGAACGUGCAUCCACGCCUACCCUCCGAAGCCACCGUGGUCCAGGGCCAAACCACCCAGGGUCUUGAAUACGGCUUUUUUCCGGGGGCAAUUCCCCCCGGGCCUGUGCCCUCCUCUCGUCCCCGACGGACUCCGCCGCGGCGAUGUCCUCUCCGCUCUGGUCCGCACCUUCCCGACCGCGCCUCCGCCGGCGGGGCCGUUCCAGGGGCCCGGCGCCGGGGCCCGCAUCCCGGUUCCCCGUACGGUCGGCGUGCCCGGUUGGGUACUCGUGGUGUCACGCCCACGGCCACCGCGGGAGCGUGCAGGGCCUCUUGGUUGCCUCGAUCCUACAACUUCCCCGCGCGCGGUCCCCUUCCCACCACAGCAUACCACCACAACGUACCGCUCCCCACCACCCCGGCAGUCACAGCUCCAUCCGAUUUCCACGGCACCCCCAACCCAGCACACCACCCCCCCUCACCACCCUCGCCAGACCACCUGCCCCCACCCUCACCGCGGGUCCGCGUCCGCCUCCCCGUCGAGACGUCUCUGA